UAUUUGCUCUUCCGUUUACUAUAAUUUCUGAACUUGAAUGGUUCACUAUUCCCACUAUCUUCCUUGUCGCUUUUAUUCUUUUUGGUAUCUUAGCUGUUGGUUCAGAAAUUGAGAAUCCAUUUG